AUGUCCAGCCACGAAGAGUUGUUCACCGGCGGCGUUCUCCAUGUCACUGUGCACCAUGUGUACUACCCGGUCACUGAGGAGACGCUGCAACAGGUGUUUACAUUGUAUGGUGUGGUGAAGAUCUCCGUGUUCCAGAGAAUCGACCAUGUGGAGGCAGUGGUUCAACUUCGAUCAAGACGCGGAGCAGCGCAGGCUCUUGCCAUGCAUGGUCGGUGCAUCUAUGAGCGUGCCUGCCUCCUCGACAUCCAGGAUGUGUCACCGGAGUACAACCUGCACUUGUGCUCGCUGCUCGAGCAGAAGCAGACUGCAACCGUGGCUGAGUACACGGUGGCGUUCUGGGAAUGCGUACAUCAUGUGCUGGAUCUCAACCCCAACCUGAGCAUCAAGAGUUUCGUCCACCAAUACAUUGAGGGCUUGCGGGAAGAUAUCAAGGAUGUCGUGCGGUCGCGAUCUCCAUUAAGCAUCACCGGUGCUUCGUCCCUUGCCCGGAUAAGGGAGGAUGAAAUCGUGCAGGAGGCGGCAAUGGCUGCGGAGAAACUUGAUGACGGCCAUGGAGUUCACGUCCUCAUGCCUACGGUGAUCCUCACGGAAGUCUUCCUCGAGCUCACUGCCCCAGUGGAGUGCAGUGCAGACCACAACAUCAUCACCAUUGACAGCAACAACCAUGCUGCACCGACGCCUAUCACAUGUUUGACAGAGUGCCCGAGUCACGCUGCCGCCGUUGACAUCUCCCCUAAGCUGGCAGCUUCUGCUCUAUGCGGAGAGACCGUCGACAUCGAAGCCAUCAGUGUUGCUGCACCAACAUUCGAUGUGUGUUCUAUUGUUGGUCCGACCAAUGCUGAAGUCAACAGUUAUGUGCCGGUGCCCCUCAUUGUGUGGAGUGUCAACCCAUUCUCCGCAGCUCCCCUCAAGGUCGUGCCAACCAUAGCGCAUUGGUCAUGUUCCACCCCCAAACUGGACACCAUGGCGUCAACAAGGUGUUGGACCCUCUGCCUCGACCACAUUGGUGCGUUGACGCCCACAUACAUGCUGGAUAAGAAUGUGAACAUAAGGCAACAAGCACAAAUGUUACGACCAAUGCCAUGGCCAUCAUUUAAGUGCCAUUCAGAAGCAAGCAGUCCUCAAGAUCCACGUCCAGCAACUCAAGGUAUAUUUGGGAAACUAUCUACAUGUCAGCCACACGAGGAUCUCAAUGGUUGGGCUGCCAGUUUGGUCUUGCAUUGGAAUAGCUCAUUUGAUGGACACUAUUUACAACUACUUGCUGCACUGAGAAGUUUCUGCUGUGAGUUAUAUUAUAUUGGGGGGCCCUGUGGUUAUUGGCAAUAUGCGUAUCUGCAGCAGUGGCGUUCAUCUCAGCGAGAAAGUUAUUCGAAUUUUGGGAGGGCUGGCGAUGCUAUAUUGAACACAAAACAAAAAUCACAAAGUUUAUUAAGUAGCAUUCUUGUGGAACUUGUGAGUAGGCAAACCCCCGGAGUCGGCUAUUUCUGCCAAACAUCUGACCAGAAGAACAAAAGGCUUAAUUACAUUCCUGAAGUGGGUGAACAAGUUAUGAGGUUGUGCUCUGUCGAACUGGCACCUUGGGCUUGUUCUGCAUUACAUUUCAUUAAGCCCUACAGUUAUGGGCUGGGUAUGCGCAUAAUUGUGGAGUUGAAGCCUUGGCCAAAAUGGAAAAUCAAUGGUCGUUGUGAGGGCAUGGCUUUAUUUUGGCGGUCUCCUCAUAUGGCAUUCCCUGCAAUAUUUUCAGUAACUACGACCAACGUGUUGCACCAAAUGGAUUGGUGCUAUGCUGUUCAGUGUGUACAACCAACUAAUGCCAUUGGCGAUGCUGCUUUACAGCUGUGUUCUGCAAAAUAUUGGGAUAUCAUGAUGCCUUAUGUUCCAGUUACUCGCUCAUGUGGGCUGCAUCUGCUAGGGAGUAGCGUUCUUGCCUUCCUGAGUGUAUGGUUGUACCCAACAUGUGCAGAAACAGUGUUCAGUUUCAUGUUACAGCUUCAAGCCCUCCUGCUGAUAACAAAGUGUUCGGAUCAUGGAACUCUGAGUGCAGCUACAGCUACUAAAAAGCAGUUCGGAAUCAACAAUAGUUCCUUGAUACAAUCUGAUGUUACAGGUGCGGAUGUUCAUAGGAUGGCUCAAUUAUGUGAUGAAUCAUCAAUCUCAAGGCAGCAUAGGAAUUGCAGUCAUAUUGUUGCAACAUCUCCAGCCUACUAA